AGCCCUUCUGGUAACAUUAUAUUAGCAGAGAGUUCAGAAGACGUUCAAGAGUGAACUCAACUCUGGAGGCAAGCUUGGCAUGACAAGUCUGGCGCACCAGGGGAAGCACAGCUGAGCUAGGAAAACAGAAGUAACGGAUAAUAUGGUGGGCUACCGCCGAAUGGGGAAUAUGGGUCAGCAACACUUGGGAAAUGCAACUUCAGUGCCAAGCCUUUUGCAUCAGCUGGAAAAUAUGUGGAAGAGUCCUAGGGGGACAGUGCUCCGAAUAGAGGCGUUAGCACUUCUGGCCAUUUUUCUCUCCUUCUUCCUUGCUGUCUUUGGAUCUUGCCGCCGUUGGUCCAAUAAUUUCCUCAUCCAGAAGGGUUUCAUGGCUGCAAAUGCAUUGUUUCUGUCCCUUGGAACAUACAGCAUUGGCCUAAUGCAAUCUUCGCCAGUGAAGAGCGAGAUGUACCCAAUAUGGGCAGUAUCAUUAUUGGCCCUCCUUUGUUGUGUUGACUCAGCUGCUGCAUCCGGGCUCGACAAUAGGAAUCAAAUAUGGAAGAUGUUGUAUCUGCUUUGCCUCUACUUUGGAUAUGUCCUGCUAAUGAGCAUCACAACCAUCUCUAGUGAUAUUGGUAACAUAGCCAUCUGCGUGUUGUCAGCCGUGACUUUCAUCAAGGGAUUUCAUAGGUCAAUGGCACUUGUGCUGCCAAGUUCUAUGCGGAACAUGAUCAGAGAGUUUCCAAGAAAGAGCAUUACAAAAUGUUCUUUUGGAGAUCCUAAUGAAGAAAGAGAGUUAACUGUUGAUGAUAAACUUGACGUAAUGAUUGGGUAUCGUGAGGAGGUUAAAAUGGGUGAUAUAGCUUCCAUGAGGUGUGAGGGAAACAAUAAGAUUCUAGAAUCAAAAUUGAAUUCUUGCAAAGAUGUGUGCCUCUCCUUCUCUCUCUCUCAUUUAUUGCACCGGCGUUUUCUUGGGUUAAGCAGCGUUAAACCAUUCAAGGCCAGCCUUGCCCAGCCCUUGGUAAAAAACUGCAAACGUGCCUUAAAGGUGGUAGAGAUUGAGUUGGCUUUCCUACAUGAUAUUUUGUACACCAGCAACACGUUUCUCCAUUACUAUGAGGCAAAGAGUGCUAGCAUCUGGGCAUUUGCUUCAGUUAUUGGGAUAUGUUUUGUAGGGGCAGUGAUUGUCAUACCUGGGGCGAGGACGAGCCGUCGUGCUUCUCCUGACAUCAUCUUUGUGGACACCACAAUAGUGGACUUUGUUAUUACCGGUGUAGUACUGGUGUCUCUAGCUCUACUGCAGGUGUUGCAGUUGCUAAGCUGUUGGACCUCAAAUUGGGCCAGAGUUGCCUUUGUCUGUGAUUAUGCUAGGAAAGAUAAAAGGAAAAGAAUAUUUAAUAUUCAAGAAGAGGUUGUGCUGAGCUGGGGAAUGAGAUUGAGAGCAUCCCUUCUCAAGAUUAAUUGGUAUGAUAAAUACUACCUGUGGCAAAAUAAGCUAGGGCAACAUGCAGUGAUUGAUGAAACCUUUUGGGUCAGGGUGCACGGUUGUCUGAGUCGUUGUCAUCAGUUAUUCUCCUGCGGAUUUCUAAGGAACUUUCGUGGCUGGAUUUGUUCCUGCAACGCAGUGCAGGAAGCCUGGUGUAUUUCAUGGAUAUGUUGUGUUCUUCUAAAUAUCCUAGUCCAGAGGUGUUUUGGUCUGCUUGGACUGCAGUACAUAAGCCGAGAGCUCAAGGAAAUGUUGCAGGGCAGCUGCACAGGGAGCACCAUUGACUUGCACCCUGAUGUGAAGGCAUCCAUUGGUGAUUUUGUUGAUAAUGAGAUCAAGUCCAAUGAAAUAAGUAGUUGGGCAUCCUCCAAAGUUGAAAAUGGACAGAGUGGCUUUCCAGACUUCUCUUUUAGUUUUAACCCGACGGAUAAUCCUGCCGAGGCGAGUGAUAUGAUCUACGUGUCUUGUAUUCUCAUUUGGCAUGUUGCAACUUGCUAUUGUGAACUGGCGCAACAGUGCGACCACAGCAAUGGCGGUGACCAUCAUGUUACUAUGGAGAAGGAUCAUCGUCGUGUGGCCACGGAUCUGUCCAAAUACUGUGCAUACUUGGUUGCUUCAGCGCCGCGCUUACUUCCUGGGCGGUCCGAUGCUAUAAAAUUGUUCUACAGUCAGGUUAGGGAAGAUGCAAUUAGGGUUGGAAAAGGAUUCUCAUACGCUACUGCAAGAUACAAGCUACAAGCAAUGGACACAAAGGGCAACGAGCACGGUAUUAAAGUUCAUAUAUCUGGGGGUGUUGAUUUCCUUGGAGAGUUCAUCUAUGGGCUGGGUGCGAAGCUGGGCAAGGGACUACAAAGCAUGGAUGAUGUUGAGAGGUGGAAGGUGCUGGCAGACUUCUGGGUCAAGGCGUUAGUGUAUGCCGCGCCGUCGGACAAGGUGGAGGAGCACAUGCACCACCUCUCGCAGGGUGGUGAGCUCAUCACCCAUCUCUGGGCUAUGCUCUAUCACGCUGGCAUCCACAGGUGGCAGCUGAAUCCGCCUGCACUAAAUGACAUCAACAUGGGAUGGGAUUACAUUUUUCGGAUUCGCUCCUGGAAAGACCUCAAGCCUUCUCACAUGGGUCCGGUUCAAAAGAUCCGAAAACAAUUGGGCAAAAUAAGAAAGAAAUUUCGCCUUUCUCGUCCGGGGAAAAAAGAGCCAACAGAUCAAGAUCACGCAUCAGAGUUGAGGUCUAACGCCUGCCGCGGCGCCCGGCUAGAUGGCGCUUCCACAAGCUGGCCUCCACCAUCCUCCUGAAACGCCAACACUGCAUCCACGCUUUGUCUACGAACUACUUCAACCUUCAACGACUAUAUACUACAGAGAUCGAAUCAAGAGUGAAUUAGUAUAUAUAGAAAUAAACACCCCUUCCUCCAUGGCAUGUGGCAUGUUUAUGCAUUUUCGCCCCAUGUUUGUCAUUAGGAAGGGAGUGCCUUGUUUAUGCACCAAUGCUUUUUUGUUGUUGUGUCUGCCUACAACUAUAUAUGUUUGCUGAGAGUGAUUUAUAUGUUUCCCUUCCUUACUCAUAUAUGAACUGAACGCAUGUGUGUAUUUUAAUUUCCAAGCCUUCUGGAAAUAAUUGUGGAAAAUAAAUUCGCAUCA